AUGCGUCUACCCGGCCCCCUCCUGCCGGCCCUGGCCCUGCUCCUGGGAUACCUGGCGUCUCUGCUGGCAGCAGGGUGCCCGAGCUGGGCCCGUGUCCCCGACCACUGUCAGGCCCCCCCGGAGGCCGUGUGCAACUUCGUGUGUGACUGCUGGGGCUGCUCGGAUGAGGCCCAGUGCGGUUACCAUGGGGUCCCAGCCGCCCUGGGCACCCCCUUCUCCUGUGACUUUGAGUCGGACGCCUGCGGCUGGCGGGAUGUCAGCACCUCGGGCUACAGCUGGCUCCGUGACCGGGCAGGAGCCGCGCCGGAGGGCCCGGGGCCACACGCGGACCACACGCUGGGCACCGACCUGGGCUGGUACAUGGCAGUCGGCACCCACCGGGGAAAGGAGGCGUCCAGGGCAGCCCUGCGCUCGCCUGUCCUGCACCAGGCGGCCCCCGGCUGCGAGCUGCGGCUCUGGUACCACGUGACCUCCAGAGAUGUGGCCGAGCUGCGCUUGGAGCUGACCCACGGCGCCGAGACGCUGACCCUGUGGCAGAGCCCCGGGCCCUGGGGGCCAGGCUGGCGGGAGCUGGUGGUGGCCACAGGCCGCAUCCGGGGCAGCUUCCACGUGACCUUCUCCGCCACCCGCAACGCCACCCACAGGGGCGCCGUGGCCGUGGACGACCUGGCCUUCCGGAGCUGCGGGCUGCCCGCGCCCCAGGCCCAAUGCCCGCCCGGGCACCUGCACUGCGGGAACCGGGCCUGCGCCGCGCCGCGCCAGCUGUGCGACGGGGAGGACGACUGCGGGGACGGCUCGGACGAGGGCGCCGCCGCCUGCCGACACCACGCGGCCGCCGACUUCGAGACGGGCCCCGGCCUGUGGAACCACUCGGAGGGCUGGACUCGGAACCGCAGCGCGGGGGCCCCGCCGCUCCCGGCCUGGCCGCGCCGCGACCACAGCCGCAACAGCGCGCAGGGCGCCUUCCUGGUGUCCCGAGCGGGGCCCGGCGCCCCCGCCGUGCUCUCCAGCCCCGAGUUCCAAGCCUCCGACCCGCACAACUGCUCGCUCACCUUCUACCACUACCUGCACGGCUCCGCGGCCGGCCGCCUGCAGCUCCUCCUGCAGACGCGCGGGCCCGGCGCGCCCCCGGACCCCGUCCUGCUGCGCCAGCGCCGCGGGGAGCUGGGCGCCGCCUGGGUCCGAGACCGGGUUGACGUCCAGAGCACGCGCCCCUUCCGACUCCUCCUGGCCGGGCACACGGGCCCCGGGGGCGUCGUGGGCCUGGACGACCUCAUCCUGUCGGAGCACUGCCGGCCGGCGGCCGGCGCGCGGCCGGGCCCUUGGCUCCCCUCGAGGGCCCCGACGCCCCCGGCCAGCCCCUGCGAGCCCGGACACCUGGCCUGCGGGGACCUGUGUCCCCCGGAGCAGCUGUGCGACUUCCAGCAGCAGUGCGCCCGGGGCGAGGACGAGCGCGCCUGCGGCUCCACGGACUUCGAGUCCCCCGCGGCCGGGGGCUGGGAGGACGCCAGUGUGGGGCGGCUGCAGUGGGCCCGUGGCCCGGCCCAGGAGCUUGGAGGCCCAGGCGCGGAGGCCAGCGGGGCUGCGGCUGGGCACGUCCUGUCCGUGCAGCGGGCCUGGGGGCAGCUGGCCGCUGAGGCGCGGGUCCUCACUCCCGCCCUGGGCCCCUCGGGCCCCAACUGCGAGAUCCGCCUGGCCUACCACUUCCACAGCCGCCCCCGAGAGGUCUCCUGUAACUUUGAGCGUGACUUGUGCGGCUGGCACGCGGGCCACCUCUCAGAUGCCCACUGGCGCCGGGUGGCGAGCCACGGCCCCGACUACGACCACACCACCGGCCAAGGCUACUUCGUCCUCCUGGACCCCACGGCACCCCUGGCGGGCCCAGGCGCCCAGCUGCUCACCCAGCCACAGGCGCCGGCAGCCGCACAGCAGUGCCUGUCUUUCUGGUACCACCUCCACGGCCCCCAAACUGGGACGCUGCGCCUGGCCAUGAGGCGGGGCAGGGAGGCCGACGAGCUGCUGUGGGCGAGGUCAGGCACCCAGGGCAACCGCUGGCACCAGGCCUGGGUCACUCUCCACCACCGGCCGGAAGAGGCCGCCAUGUACCAACUGCUGUUCGAGGGCCUCCGCGACGGCUACCACGGCACCAUGGCGCUGGACGACGUGGCUGUGCGCCCAGGACCUUGCUGGGCCCCCAAGCAGUGCUCCUUUGAGGACUCGACCUGCGGCUUCUCCACGGGGGCCCAGGGGCUCUGGAGACGCCAGAACAACGCCACAGGCCAGGCCUCCUGGGGCCCUCGAGCUGACCACACCACCCAGACCGCUCAGGGACACUACAUGGUGGUGGACUUGAGCCCGCAGACCCUCCCCCGUGGCCACGUGGCCUCUCUGACCUCAGGGGAGCACCGGCCCCUGACCCAGCCCUCCUGCUUGACCUUCUGGUACCACCUAAGCUUCCCUAACCCAGGCACCCUGCAGGUACACGUGGAGGAGACCGAGCGGCGUCAGGUGCUGAGCAUCAGCGCCCAGGGGGGGCUCACCUGGCGCCUGGGCAGCGUGGACGUGCAAGCUGAGCAGGCCUGGAGGGUGGUGUUCGAGGCCGUGGCCGCCGGCGUGGACCACUCCUACAUGGCGCUGGACGACCUGCUUCUGCAGGAGGGGCCCUGCCCUCGGCCAGCCUCCUGUGACUUCGAGGCGGGCCUCUGUGGCUGGAGCCACCUGCCCUGGCCCGGCCUGGGCGGCUACAGCUGGGACUGGAGCAGCGGAGAUGCACCCUCCCGCUACCCACAGCCCGCGGUGGAUCACACCCUGGGCACGGAGGCAGGCCACUUCGUCCUCUUCCAAACCGGUGUGCUGGGCCCCGGGGCGCGGGCGGCCUGGCUGCGCAGCCCACCUCUGCCAGCCACCGCGGCCUCCUGUCUCCGCUUCUGGUACCUCAUGGGCUUCCCCGAGCACUUCUACAAGGGCGAGCUGAAGGUGCUCCUGCUCAGCGCGCGGGGCCAGCUGACCGUGUGGGGCGCCGGCGGGCGCCUGCGGCACCUGUGGCUGGAAGGUCAGGUGGACGUGGCCAGCCCCGAGGAGUUCCAGAUCGUGUUUGAAGCCACUCUAGGUGGCCAGCCGGCCCUGGGGCCCAUCGCCCUGGACGACGUGGAGUACCUGGCUGGGCAGCCUUGCCAGCUUCCUGCGCCCCACCGGGGGAACAGGGCAGAGGCCACUUCAGUGGCAGCCGUGGUCGGAGGCGCCCUCCUCCUCGCGCUUCUGGUGCUGCUUGGCCUCGGGGUGCGGCGCUGGCUGCCGGGGAAGGGCAGCUGCCCGCUCCAGGCGGAGGCGCUUGCGGCCCCUGGCUUCGACAACGUCCUCUUCCAGGCGGACCAGGUCACCCUCGCUGCAUCGGUCCCCGACAGCCAGUAGACGGGUUGGAGAGACCCGAUCCCCGGUGGACCUCGGGGGAGAAGCCUGCCUUCCCCCAGGCUGCACGCGCCUGCCAGCGUACUCUCACCCCGUAAUAAAGCCCCUGCUCGCA